AUGCCACAUUCUGGAGAUCAUAAUACUUUUGAGAAUGAAAGUUCAUUACGUAGCUUACCUGUCCCUUCCUUACAGUCAACAACUCAACAGUUAUUAAGUGCUUUAAAACCAUUAGUACCAACCAAUGAAUACGCAGAAUUAUUACAAGAGUCGGCAGAAUUUAUAUCUAGUGAUUUAAUAAAUUUAAUUCAACAACAUCUUGAAGCAAUUGGUCAGAAUCCAAAAUAUACAAAUUAUUUAAAUGUUGUUAAUAAUGACACUACCCCAGCUGUUUAUGGAGAAUUAAAAGGUGAUAUAUUACCACGUAAUCCAUAUUUGAUUUUGGAAGAAGAUCCAUAUUCGAAAACUAUAAAUCCUCCAAAUCAAGCUGAAAGAUCAGCUAACUUAAUUAAUUCCACGUUAAAAUUUAUUGUGACAUUACGUAAUGGGACUUUGAAACCAGAUAGAACACCAAAGAAUAAUAAUCCGCUUACAAUGAAUUGUUAUAAACAUUUAUUUGGAACUACCAGAGCACCUGAUUUUACUGAAAAUAGUAAUGAUUUGAGAGUUAAGAAAUAUUUAGAUAUUAACGAUUCAAGACAUAUUCUAAUUAUUGCAAAUAAUCAAUACUACAAAUUGGAAGUAUUAACUCCAUUUUUUGAAGAAGAAUAUAAAGAAACCUACUCAAAACAUAAGAUUUGGUUUAAUGAUCAUGAAUUGUCUAAAAUUUUACAAUUAAUUAUUGAUGAAUCAGAUACCGUUGAUCCUAUUAAAUCAAUUAAUAAUGCUGUUGGUUCGAUCACUACCCAGUCUUUGAAAAAUUGGAAAAUUGCAAGAUUAGCAUUAAGAGAAUCAAAUAAAGACAACAUGAAACUUAUAAAUGAUGCUUUAUUCGUUCUAGUACUUGAUCCAAACUCACCAAAAUCAGAUCAAGAGAAAACAUCAGUUAUAUCUCAUGGUACUUCCGUAUUGUCUCAUGCUAAUGUUCAAAUCGGAUCAUGUACUUCAAGAUGGUAUGAUAAAUUACAAAUGAUAGUCACUAGAAAUUCAGUAGCUGGAGUUGUUUGGGAAAGUAUGUCCAUGGAUUCAACUGCAAUUUUAAGAUUUAUAAGUGAUAUAUAUACUGAUUCAGUAUUGAAAUUGGCUAAAAAUAUUAAUGGUAGUGAAUAUACUUUAUUUGAUAACAAUGUAUGCUUUGUUUCAUCAAGUAAUGACAAACCAGAGCCAGAAAAGAUCCAGUUCAAUUUAAUUCCAGAGAUACAAAAUAUUAUACACCUUUCAGAGACUAGAUUGGCUGAUUUAAUUAAUCAACAUGAGUAUAAAACGCAUAUGAUUAAAUUGGAGUCAAACUUAUGUAAGAAAUUCAAUCUUUCAGUAGAUUCAAUAAUGCAAGUUUGUUUUCAAAUUACAAAUUAUUCACUUUAUGGAAGAAUGGUGAAUACGUUAGAACCAAUAACUACAAGAAAAUUCAAAGAUGCAAGAACUGAAUUAAUACCUGUUCAAAACGAGUCAUUGUUAAAUUUAGUCAAAUUAUAUAUCUCCAGUGCAAAAUCACAAGAGAAGUUUGAAUUAUUUAAGAAAUGUAGUCAAAUACAUACUAAACAAUACCUUGAUGCAAUGAAUGGAAAAGGUUUCGAAAGACACUUGAUGUCAAUUGUUCAAGUUAUAAAGAAACCGAAUAUUGUAAAGACUUUAAACAAUAUCAAUACUCAUCUUCCAACAAUCCACAUUGAUGAAAAUACCGAUAUACCAUUACUUUUAAACCCCAACAUUGAGAAAUUGACAAAUCCAGAAUUAUUAAUUUCAAAUUGUGGUAAUCCAGCAUUAUUAUUAUUUGGUAUUCCACCUGCUGUUGAUCAAGGUUUUGGUAUUGGUUAUAUCAUACAUCAUGAUAAGGUCAUAAUUACAGUAUGUUCAAAACAUAGACAAACUGAACGAUUUAUUGGAACAUUUCAUAAAGUUAUACAAGACCUUAAGUCAAAUUUAAGACAUAAAUCAAAUUUCCUUUUGUCAAUUUCUGAUUCACAGCUGAGAAAGAUGGAAAUACAGAGAUUAAGAGUUGAAAGAGAAUUGAGUUCAGUUUCAUUAAAUUCACCAUCUACAAGUCAUCCAAUUAAAUUAACUGUCGAUAAAGAUGAUGCAACUCCAGAUUUAGAACCUGAUAAUCAAAGAAGAAACUCGACUUCGUCAUCGGAUAGCGAUAAUUUUGAAUUGAUGGGUGGUUAUGGAUAUUUCGAUUAUGGUGAAUUAGAAUUACGUAGAGAUUUAAUUUCCAAAAAUGAGAGUUAUUUGAAUAGUACAACAAGUUCAAAUUUAAGUAGCCCAUUAAGCUCAAAACAUCAUUCAGGGACAAAUCUAGUCAAACUAGCAACUAUGGCUACUAAAUCACAAUCACCUGAUUACGAUUUGAAACAGAAACAAUCAUUAAGUGAAAGAAUUAGGGAUAAAUUAUCUAGAAGUGAGGAUACAUUACCUUCUGUAACUUCAGAAGAUAGUCAAUCAUCCAAACCUAAGAAUUCUAUAGGCAGAUCUUUAGAUAUCUCUCAAUAUCAUUGA